AUGUCAUCACAAUCUGAUAAUGCUGAACCAAGUGAUAAUAAUAAUCCAUUUUACCUCCAUACUCUUCAAGGUCACCAAGGCUCAAUUUGUGUUUUGGCAGCAUCAGGGAAUAAUUUAGUUAGUAGCAGUCAUGAUUACAGCAUUAGAGCCUGGAAUAUAGUAACUGGUGAAAAUAUUUGGUGUGCACAAGGACAUACAGAAGAAGUUUAUUCCAUUGUAUUAGACAUUAGGAGGAAAAUAUGUAUCAGUAGAAGUGUGGAUGGAAUCAUAAAAUCUUGGAAUCUUGAAGAUGGCACCAAUAUCUGGACAUCAGGAGGAUCUUUGUGCCUUGAUCCUCAUAUUAUUAAACUUUAUCCCUUGAGUCUUUCCCAUGACAACCUUCUUUCAAUUUUUUCAAUUAGUGGACUUGACAUAUUGGACCUUAAAAAUGGAUCUUCUUCUAGACAUGUGUUACCAACAGAUGAUACUAUAAGUAUGGGUCCAAUAAGAUCCUUCCAUAUUGACUCAUGGAAAAUCUUAUUGGGGUCAAAUAUAUUACAAAUGUGUGAUAUAGGAUCACUGAAGAAGAUAAAUAAUUUAAGUGCAGGAACAUUUGGGAUAUGGUAUUAUUGUCAAUUAUAA